AUAAUUUUCAUUCGUUUCGUUCGUUCGCUCGCUACCUAGCUUGCGAAAGUCGUAUUGCUAUUUUUCAGUUAUUAUGUAUUUGUAUUAAUGUAAAUUAUAAUUGAAAAUGUGUUCUCCACCCUAUAUGUUUGUUUUAUCAUAACAGUAACUAAAUAACAGUCCAUCGCGACAGUUCGCGAUGGAUGUGCCGGAUGAAGGUGUUUUGGAUGUGGAUUUGUUAGGGGACGAAGGUUCCGAGGAUGAUGGAGAAGGAGCGCCCCCGAGUUCUGACUUCUACGCGGGUCCGGCGUCGACGCCAACCUCUUGCGCGUCGUCGCCGCGCGGCGAGGAGCCCGCGUCGCCGCACGGGGGUGCAGCGGCGGCGCCCGCGUUCUUCCACCACCAGCCGUAUGCGCGGCCCUUCUUUACCUCGGGCCGCCGCGGGCCCGGCAGGCCGAGGAAGGAAGGCGCCAAACUGGCGAGAGAGGGCAAGAUUGUUAGAAGGUACCGAGGCGGUGGUGCUGGCUCAGUCCGUGGGGCUAAAAGACACCGAGGCAGCCGAGAUGACGCCCUUGAUGACAUGAUGGAUGAGGACGACUUCACCAUGCCUGCUCCUGAAGAACCACCUUUUAUGCCUGAGAAAUGGCCAGGCAAAGCUUGCGCUCUUUGCAACUUGACCGAGCGCAGUCAGCUAGGCCAAGGCGAGAUGCGUCAAUUCCUCUGCAACAUCGGCGAUGGAGACGGCAGCACCACACCAACAGUGCCUAGUGGGGGGACCACUCCCAAUCCUACCCCGAUUAGUACCCCAACCACCCCCGUCACCCCCGGUCUGGCCUCCCCUCCCCCCGAGCUUGUGGACCCUAAUCAACAUCCCUUGGCGUUGCCGCUGAGUAGGAGGCAGAAAGCAUUUAAUAAGUGCAAAACACCUUUACACAACCUAGAGCACAUAGACGAAUUGUCAAUCAUCGGACACGUGGAGUCCGUUGAGCUCCCUGCUGUGGUCAGCUCUGGGGCCUUCUACGUGCACCGCUGCUGCCUUGAGUUCAGCCCGCCCUUCCAUGAUCAGGUGGCUGCUUCAGCAGAGGAGGAUAAGGAACAACUAGAAGAGUCCCGGGUGCGGGGCAUUGUGACGACCGCGUUGACGCGAAAAUGUGCCUUUUGCGCUAGACAUGGUGCGAGCAUCCCUUGUAAGAUGAGUUGCAGUAAAUACUUUCAUCUGCCCUGUGUUCUCGCUUCCGGAGGUUUCAUGGACUUCCAGACCAAGUCUUCGUUUUGCAAGGACCACUUGUAUCAAGUGGCACUUAUUUGUACAGCUGACAUUGACUGCCGGACGUGCCGAGCCAUCGGCGAUAUAUUCAACCUCAUGACAUGCGUCACUUGCGGCGCGCAUUAUCACGGGACCUGCGUCGGCCUCGCACAGUUACCAGGAGUACGCGCGGGUUGGUCGUGCCGCUCAUGCCGAGUGUGCCAAGUCUGCCGCGGAGAAAGCGCGACCGGCGUCCCCGCCUCAGACUCCCGCGCGGUAACGUGCGAGCACUGCGACAAGAUGUACCACGCCAUGUGCCUGCGGCCUCGCAUGGCGACCGUGCCUAAAUACGGCUGGAAGUGUAUGUGCUGCCGCAUCUGCUCGGACUGCGGCGCGCGGUCGCCCGGCGCGGGCCCGUCGUCGCGCUGGCACGCGCACUACACGGUGUGCGACUCGUGCUACCAGCAGCGCAACAAGGGCAGCUGCUGCCCGCUGUGCCGCCGCGCCUACCGCGCCGCCGCCUACCGAGACAUGAUCCGGUGUAUUACGUGCAAGAGAUACGUCCACGGCAUGUGCGAUCCGGAGGCCGAGCCGCAGCUGUACAAGCUGAAGAAAGAGCAGAACCCGCAGUACGAGUACAACUGUCCCAUCUGCAAGACACAAAUGCAGAUUACCGGCUCGAAACUCGGCUCAUUCGAGGAUGACAACACGGCCUCUACGUCCCAGGACUCAUCGUUCGGUGACGAGAAUUCGCAGCAGGAACAGGACCCUCUCGCUAUUGAACCUAAGCCGGACGUCGGCCUCGGCAAGGGCAAGCCGUACACUGUCUCCUCAAAAGUCGCUAAAAAGAAGAUGGGCGGCUACAAAUUCAAAGGCGGGAUGCACCCCGCCAAACUGGGCUUCCAGAAGCGCGCGAGAUCGGUGCUAGACUUCGGUCGCAAGAGGGGCACAAAACCCAAGAUGCGGGGGGUGUUUGGAGUGCCUGGGUUGGGGCUGCAGAGGCCCCAGGCCCCGGACAAUAAGACGACGGAGGAUGAUCCUGGCGUAGAGAACAAGCUGGUGCUUUGUUCGAGUAAAGACAAGUUCGUGCUGACACAAGACUUGUGCGUUAUGUGCGGUGCCGUGGGCACAGACUCCGAAGGGUGCCUUAUCGCCUGCUCGCAGUGCGGGCAGACUUCUCAUCCGUAUUGUGUUAAUAUUAAGGUAUCUCAAGUAAUAGUAACAAUGGGCUGGCGCUGCAUCGACUGCACGGUCUGCGAGGGCUGCGGCAACCGCGGCGACGACGGGCUACUCGUGCUGUGCGACGACUGCGACACUGCGUGGCAUACUUACUGCGCCAGGCCGCAGCUGGCCGAGGUUCCGAGGGGAGCGUGGCGGUGCGAGCGCUGCAGGAGGUGUCUCACUUGCGGGACCAGAGAGACCACGGCUUGGUGCGAGAACUACACAGAAUGCGGGCCGUGCGCGUCGCUAGUGAUGUGCUGCGUAUGUUCGGAGCCGUAUUCGGACGGAGAACUAAUAAUCCAGUGCGAAAAGUGCAUGCGAUGGUUGCACGCUUGCUGCGACUCGAUAAGGAGUGAGGCGGACGCCGAAACUUGUUGUAGAGCUGGCUACAACUGCGUGGUGUGCCGCGGGCGCGACACGGCGCCGCCGCACCUGGCGCGCGCCGCGGAGGCGCCGGCCGCGCCGCGCGCGCCUCCCCCCACCGCGGCCGCGCUAGGGCUCGGCGGCGAGUACUACGUGGACGACGUGUGCCUCAGCCAGCGCGGCGCGCACCACAUGAAGCAGCUCGAGGCCGAGAUGGGCAUCACGCACACCCGCCGCAAGAGGCGCUUCAAGAACGAGACCACCGAGAAGGACCAAGAAAUAAUGGCAUCUAUUGAAACAGUGGUUCAGAACGCAGACGUCGAGAUGCCAGACGACUCCAAGCCAGACAGCACGGCUGAAGUUAAGGAGGAACCUGGUAUAUCAAACGCGAACCUCAAAGAGGGCAUACUCUGGAACGUAGUAAACGAAGGCCCCCCGCCCGAAGGCUUCACCGUUUACACCACUGAAUCCGGGCUCACUGUACUACGGAGAAAGAGACAGAGGAACCUGAACAAGCUGGGUAUUGGAGGGUUCGUGGUGCGACAGAGACAGAACACUAAGGCGCAGGCUGAUGAUGAGAAGGAUGGUGAUGGGACGCAGGCGUCUGGAGAAUCGCCAGGCAACAAGCGCAAGCCACGUCGCAAACCGCGCUCCAAACUGAUGGAACAGUUCCCGUCUUACAUGCAAGAAGCGUUUUUCGGAAAAGAACUGUUGGAACCUGCCAAGCCGGCUGUCAGUUCUACUGGCAACCCGUCGUCCAGCCCCGGCGGCCUAGCGCGGCCCGGGACGCCCGAGGGCUACCGGGAGCUGCGCGACUUCCGUCUGGAGCCCGACAACAGCGACAGCGACGACGAGGAGGUGCUCGCGGCGCUCACCACCUUCAACGAGAACGACAGCUCCUACAUCAUCACCCUCAACUCCGAGGAAGUAGAGCUCCUGAACACCCUAAAGCCCAAAGUGGAGAAAGACGACCCAGAUAACUCCAAAAUCAAGACUGAAGCCACGGAAGACGGUGUGAAGCAUACAGAGGACUCAACAGCACUGAAAAACGCGAUUCUCGGCCCGCAGCCCGCCGAGAGCGAGCCAUCUGUGCCUUCCGAGAUACCCACUGUACACAGUACUAAGACUGAAACUAUCAGCAGCGAAACUGGCGGAUCGUCCCAAGCGUCGACGAUAUCGCCGAAAGAUGACCUGUCGCUAUUGGGCGUCAAUCUGGACGCCAUGGUGCGAGACACUCUCCCCGAUAUGGACAGCAACGAUGUCGAUGAGAUAUUCAAAGGCGUGCUGACCGACGAUUCACAGGAAUCUCAAGAAUCAUCUGUAUCAUACGUGAACUCCAUGUCUGGCACGCCGUACUCGCAGCAGCGGCAGCAGUUGCAAAGCCCGAUGGAAUACGCCUCGCCUUACCACACCGAUUUCGGCGGGAGCAGCAGCAACAGCGCGCUGAGCCCCCUGUUCUCGGAGUGCGGCGGCGGCGCGUGGGGCGGCGAGCAGCCCGCCGCGCCCACGCCCUCCUACAACCAGCGCUCCGCCGAGAAGAUGCGCGCCGACGAGAGCCUGGGCCCCGCCGCGACCAUAUCAGCAGUUCUAUACGCGAACACGAACCACCCCGAAUGGAAGACCGAGUUCCCCAACUGGACGGACCGCUGCAAGCAAAUACUAAAGAAAUGGCGCGCGCUCCCCGUAGAGCAAAAAGCACCUUAUUUACAACGGGCCAGGGACAAUAGGAGCGCUAUUCGCAUGAAGAAAGCACAGCAGAGCGGAGGCAGCUUGGAGCCGGAGGCGCCGACGACGCCGACGCCGCCAGCGGAGCGCCCCGGGCCGGAGCAGGAGCGCGCGUGCGGGCAGCAGCGCAGCGCGCGGGAGGCCGAGCAGGAGAGGCAGUGGAAGCAGCUGCAGCAGUUGCGCCAGCAGCAAACUCAGCAGCAACAGCAGAUUAUUCAUGAUCAGCGGAUACAAGCAGCGAUGCAGCGGCUUCGAACGCCGGACUCGGAGCCGCCGCCGUCACCAGCGCCCGAAGCCCCUCGCAGCGCCUUCCCGACCCAGCGGUUCCAAUACGCCAACGAUGAUAACAUCAACCGGCAGCUGCGCGACCUGCUGCAGCGGCACCCUGAGAAGAUGUGGCCUGGACAAGGUAGCACCGAAGAAGGCGGCGGUCCCACGGGUCUGGAGGGGCAGCCGUUCCGCCAUCCGUUGCCUGUGGGGCUCCGUCCUCGAGCUCCCCUCCCGCCCGGGCAACGCCCUGAACAUCCCCUUCUUAUGCAUCAACGGCUGGUAGCACCCGAUGGCACGCCUAUACAGCAAAAUGUCGGGAACCAGGGACAGCAAGUUGUGGAACAGAAACCGCAUGUCAUGUCACAACCCAACGCUCAAGGCGGGGAGAGCAAACAGGAGCCCGGAGAGCACGGGAACGAUGAAAUGGACAUGGGCGAUAUGGACAAACUGGAACAGGACGCUGGAAACAUUGGCGAGGUGGGCGACAUCCUCACCGGCCUAGGCGGGGAAGACGACGAGGAACUCCUAGAAUCACUGACAGCCGAAAUCGGGGAGCAGUUCAACAUCCUAGAGUACGCGGACCCGGAGCUCGCGGCGCUCAACGACGCGGAGCACAUCCUCGACGGGCUGGAGCUGGAGGAGGUGCCCGAGCGGCAUGCCAAGAGGGAGCACCCCAUUGAGGAGUCGGAACAGAAACCGGACACCAAGAUGGACAGCGAGCUGCAGAAAGCGGUGAAAAAUAUCGAGGCAUCGCAAUGUAAACCGGAAGACGACAAGCCGCGGCUACCGCACCAGCAAAUGCUACAGUCGGCGAUGCAGGCGAUCAAGUCUGAAGUGAAGCUGGAGGGUUCGGAGGUGAAGACGGAGCCGGAGUGGCGCGCCGGCGGCGCCGCGCCGCCGCGCCAGCUGUUCCCGCAGGCCUUCCCCGCCGCCCGCCUGCAGCAACAAGGCAUGGUGCAGCACGGGCAGUUCGCCGGCGCGCCGCAGAUGGGCCAGCAGCUGGCGCGCCCGCUGCAGUUCCAGCACCACAUGCAGUUCGCACAGGGCGGCGCCAGCAGCGUCAACUCGGCGAGCAUCGUCAAUGCCAUGCAGGCGCAGGUGAAGGCGGCAAUGCAGGCCGGCCGCAACAUAGCGCCGGGCACGCGGCUCGUGGGCGCGGACGGCGCCGUGGGCGUCGUCCGGCACGACCGCACCGUGCAGCUCCACACACUGCCGCACUCAGCGACAGUGGGUGCUGGCGUUUCCCGGCCUCCACCUCCUCCGCCGUACCCCGGCACGCUGCGUCAGCCACAACCACCACCGCCGCCGUACCCACAGGUGCCCUAUGAAGCGGCGGACUGGGGCGACUGGCUGCAUCGACGCCCGCUGCUGCUGCAGAACGUAAACCAGGAGCAACCGUUGCUUCUGGAGGAGCUCUUGGAGCAGGAGAAGCGCGAGCAGGAGCGGGAGGGCGAGUGGGGCGCGCCGGCGCAUGCGCAGGUGGCGCCGCCCGCCGCGCCGCCCGCGCCGCCCGCGCCCUCCAUCCCGCUGUACGCCGGCGCGCCGCCGCCCGCGCCGCCGCCGCCCGCCUCCGACUCCGACCACCACCAGCGCCGUGUCUACGAGCAGUGGCUCAAAGCCUACAACGCCUUCGCCGCCGACCAGCUGCGCUACUACGAGCAGGAGGUCCAGAAGCUCCGUAAGAUCCGCAAGUCGCUCAACAGCAAGCAACGGCAGCUGCGCAAGUCUGGGAACGAGCUGAUGCCGAACGACGCGGCGGAGCUGCGGCGGGUGUCGGCCGAGCAGGCCGCGCUGCAGAAGCACCUCGAGGCCGCUAGGAAGCAGUCCCGCCAACACAGCAUGCUCAUACAAGAAUACGAGACGAAACAACGCCAGCAGAAUCCUCAGUUAGCACAACAAUCUGUUAUAAGUCAACAACAGAUCACAACCAACCAGACCGUCUACACUCAGAACCAGAGCAUUCCUCAAUCGCCACAAAUGCAACAAACCGCCAUCAACCGGCCGAUGCAAAUAGGCCUGCAGGGAACUGUUCAGCAACAACAGAUUAUAAGGAACCAGCAAACUGUCCUAAGCUCAGACGGACAGCAGAGGAUAGGUCUAGUGACGUCGCCGCUCAACGCUCAAGGCCGCAUCCUCCAAAGCGGACGAACGCUAGUGAUAGAACAAACGGGAUCUCCUCAACAGCAACUAGUCAGGCAGCUUUCCGGGGUUCAAGAGAGACCACAAUCCGUCGGGAUGGUGCAAUUUGGGCAGCAGCAACUAGGAGUACGGAACACAAUGCCUGCGGGCGCUCAAACUCCGCGCCCAGCCGGCACGAGACCCGCCAUGUCGCCGCUACACGUGCAAUCCCCACAUUCGCAAUCUCCUUUACAUUCCUUAGCGCCACAGUCGCCUUUACACCACCUGACCUCGCCAAUGCAAUCGCCGCUGCAUUCCCAACAAUCUCCUUUACACCACACGUCGCAAUCACCUUUACAUCCCUCGACGCAAUCACCUCUCCAUACCCAGCAGUCUCCGCUCCACUCCCAACAAUCCCCUAUGCACGUGCAGCAGUCUAACGUGCCGCAGCAGUCCCCGAUGCACCAGAGUCCUAUGCAUCAGAGCCCUAUGCAUCCGCAACAGAGCCCGAUGCAUGCACAAGGCUCGUUACAUCAGCAGAGCCCAAUGCAUCAGUCUCCAUUACAUCAACAGAGUCAAAUAUCUCAGCAGUCGCCGAUGCAUCCUCAACAGUCGCCGAUGCACUCGCAACAGUCGCCUAUGCACAUGCAGCAGUCGCCGAUGCACACGCAGCAGAGCCCGAUGCAGUCGUCGAUGUCGCCGCAACAUUUCCUGCAACAGUUGCAAGCUCAGAGAACGAGCCCGCAGUUGCCGACGCCUAGUAGGAGUCCACAAAUAUAUCAACAAUCACAAAUACAAAGCCCGGUUUCGUCACAUUCACCUCAGAUGCAGUCGGAUUAUACGACGAGUCGGUUCUCGCGGCCAGCGCCCGGUUGUUCUCCAUUGCCCAACCGCUUCGCCAGGCCUCCGCAUCACCAGCAAGGAAUGAGAGUGGGAGUGCCGUUCGGCAGCCGGCAGCAGACGUCGCCGCUCGGCAGCCCUCAGCCUCUGCCUUCACCCGGCAACCCUGCCAAUGAGAUGGCGCGGCAACAAAUGCUGCAACGGCAGCAGUACAGCCCGAUGGGCGGCGCGCCGCCGUCGCCGUCGCUGUCGCGCUCGCCGCACGUGCGCACGCCCACGCCGUCCGCGUCGCCCGCCGCCUCGCCCGCGCCGCACGCCGACCACGGCGGCGGCCACCACCACCACAUGGCGCCCAUCCCGCCCGGAUACAGAUACUUCAAGGUUGGCCUAUUCGGCGGCGCCCCCGUGUGGCCCAACAAGGACGACGACCGCCGCAGGCCACCCCACAUCAACAAAGUAUCCAUACUAAAGCGGCGAACACCCCCACGCCCGAGGUUCGCCGGCAAGAGCGCCCCCGGCACCUCCGACGAGCGGCCGUCCGAGGAGUCCGCCAGUCAGAGCCCCAGCGAAACGAGAGAAUUCGUACUCUACUCGUCUGAUGGAGUAGAGUACUCGGCCAUGUCCGACGACGCCGCGAGAAUGGGCUUCGCGAAAGACGACGAUGACGAUAUAGAGGAAAUAGUCGAGGAACACCUAGACGACGCCGAUAUAGUGGUAGUGGAGCCGGGAGCGAUAUCGCCCGAGGAACGAAUCGCGACCGAGGAGGACUUUGAGGAGCUCAUCGACAGCGGGAAACCUGAGGACGAAAUGGAGGAGGAAACUAUCCCUGAGAAAACUACUACCAGAACCGAGACUACAACAAAAACUGUAGCCGUUAUAAGCUUGUCCACUGCUAAUAAAGCUUCCCCUAACGUACAGCAAUACAAGCUGGUGAAUCCGUCACAAAGCAGUGCCUUGUCGAGGCUACCAGUCUUAAGCGCCACCGUGCUCUCCCCGCAUGCCAACAAUAAGAUUCUAAACGAAGUCUCACAAGCGACUGUCGCUUCUGUUUCUAUCGCAAACCAGACCAUUUCAGUGCCCGUGUUAAAGAGCCUUUCCGUUCCUAUCGGCGGUCAUGGUGCCGGUGCGAAACCUCAGCUCAAAAAAGUGCCUCUUAAUUUAAAUAAUCCACCCUUAACUAUCAACAUGUCCACGCACCCACAAUCGAAGCCGAUCAGCUCAGUCAUCAGCGUUAUAUCUUCGAACAUACCUAAAACGGCAACCCUGAAUCCAGUGAUUACGCUCGCCACGUCCAAUACCGCGGCCGGCGCGUCCAGAGUACCAGUGUCGAUACUAACGCAACAUCAAGUCAAACAAAAGAUCGUCAAAACCAUUGAAAAGCCAAUGGCUUUGUCGCUAUCUAACACUAAGCUCUCUAGUCUCUCAGUGACGCAUGACGCGACAUUGCCGGCAAAGAUAUUCCAAGAUGAAGCGGCGUCCCCUGACAGCACGGUUGCCUCUGACACCCACGCGGACAAAGAAAUACACCAGAUAACUACUACCGCGCAACAUUUGGGUGCGAUGACCUCCCAAGGUUUAGCUCAUUUAGAUCAUAAACCACCUCCAAUAAUCAAAGAAACAAGCAAAGAUAUCGACAUUGAGACUGAAAUCAGUCAGCAGACUGAACUGCCACAUUCGUUAUGUAUAACUGAUAGAACGCCAUUGCUGCUUGGAAAGGCGGACAUAAAAAGCCCCGAUCCUAUACCAGAAAAGAUUCCCGACAACAUCAUGGAAGGGGACGACGAAGAUAAACCUGAAGACAGUCUACAAAGUAACCUAUUACUCUCUUAUAACAAAUCGAUCUCAGAUCAGUCACAAAAUACGUCAGCAGCUGACAAACAAGCGCAAGAAAACGUGGUAAAGACCAUUAAAGCUAUCGCGAACCAAACUAAAGAGAUGGUCAUCGAUUCCAACAUGCAAAUCACAUCUGAUAUGACUCAAGAAUCCGUACAGAUUUCCAUACCAUCCCCUACUCCGUCACAGGAGAGGUAUUUGAAUGACAUCACUAUGCAAGAACACGCGGAAACUGUGGAAGGUAAUCAGAAACGCGUGGAGACGUUCGAAGACAUGCUGUGCAUGCUAGAGAAUAUAACAGAUGACGCUAAACCGUUUAUGAAGCAACCUAAUCCUAAACCGAAUCCUCAAACUCAUGCUCCACAAAAUCCUAACGUAAAUCCUGCCGCAAAACCGGAAAAUAAGGAACCAAUGGAGCAACACAGUUUCCCUAAACGAGAUACGGACAGAUUGAGCUUACAGUCCGCUACUGUGCCUCAGCUCUCCCCGCUCUCUCAGCCAUCAGAGUUACAAUCUAACAUGGCGAACGUAUCCCAACAACUGCGGACCAUCAUGUCUUCCCUAAAUACAGCCACGUCGAAAGUGGAUGCUCAAACUGUAUCAUCGCUAAUGAGAAAAAAUAGUGACGCCACAGCCCCCACGCAAGUCAAUUUCGAGAACCUUCUGCCGUCGUCCAAAGUUGAAGUUGCGGCUUCGAGGCCGUCACCAGUGCAGAGGAUGGAGAAACCGAUAACGUCCAUCCCUAAUUCAGACAGUUUGCCCAUGAGCGCGGCACAAAUGCUCGGGUCUCGCGUCAACACGCUAUCAUCAAUGGGUCAGAACAGAAAGUCCCCUACAGUAUCAUCUCCCAUAAGCUCUCCUGUGGGCAUGCAAAAUACCUUAAUGAAGUCCCCUGCUCAAUCACCCCUGAUAACUAACCAGGGUUUCUCUUCUAACGAAGACAUGAACGCUACGUCUGUAGCUUCCCAAAUUAUUCAAAUGCCAGCGCUCUCUAAAAUACACAGUUCGUCCGCGCCGCAGUCAAUAAUGCAUUCCAACAACACUAUUACGACCACUGUCAGCGGAUUCCAAAAGGGACAACCAUUGCCUACGAGCAUAUUAGGGCAUACAUUACUUCAGCCCACGAGACAAAUUAAUACAGGCAAUCUCCCUUUCAACCCUCAAAGCAUUAGCUCCAGUCAACCCCCAGCGUUGGUAAUGACGUCGCGACCUGUAAUGGGCAAGGAACCACCGCCAAAUGUGACCGUCCGCGCUCACACUCUAGUUAGCCCAGGAAUGAGCCAAAUGAACCAAAUGCAGACGAAACCUGCCCAGGGACCAAUUAAUUUUAUAACGUCUUCCAAAUUAUUGCAUACGCAAUUAACCUCGCCGUUGAAACGAUCUAAAUCUACCGAUGAACCCAAGACAGAAGUUAUUGUAGGUCACAUACAGCCUACUAAAAGGCAUAGCGUGGAAUCUGUCAUUGUGAAAUCGGAACCAAUGGAGACCGACGAGCCGACGGCGACUUCUACGAUCGUUACAGACAACGCUGGCAACAAAAUCAUACAGCAGGGUUCAGCCAAUCAGAGGAAUGAUGAGUCUCAGAAUGUGUUGUUAAAACAACUGCUGCAGACCACUACCUCGGCCGCAACUGUUGUCCCGCAGCGGACGAUGACUAUUCAAAGGACCGCACCGGCUUUAGGGACAAUACCCUCGCUAGAAGCCCAACUAGCUAGACCUUCAAUCCCACCACCUACCCUAGCCUUAUCACAAGAAGUGGAAAUACCUAAAAACUCGCCACGGCAAAUCAUGACGCAUAAUACACAAGUCAGUUCUCCGUACACUAGUCGACCGAGCAUGCAGACUAUUCAGACGAUGCAAGGCAUGCCCAUGCAGACUACCAUCCCGACAUCUUCUAUGUCACCUUUGAUGCACUCCUCCACACAGUCGCUCAUGGACGUACGAAAACCGAGUAUGAAAAUUAUGACUAAAGAAGAGACCACGCCGUUGCCGGAGAGUUCACCGACAAUAAAAACGAUGCCAAUGUACCCCAUGGGCAUGGACGCUCAACAAAUCCAUCAAGCGAUAAAGAAGGAAGUCACGCCGCCACAACAAAGCCCUGUCAUGAGACCUUUCACUCCCAUGGAUGUUAAGAAAGAGCUGCUCGAUGAGAGCUCCCAGCAAUCCGCAACCUCUGGAGUCUCCACUGCUUCAGACCAAGGGAAACUCGACCAGCCAAUGAAGGAAGAGUUUCCUGAAAGCGUCAACAUGGAUCCUUCCGCGGAGGCUAACGCUCCCGAAACGCCUUCCGAGGCCAAAAAACGCAAGAGGCGAGAAUAUCAACAGAAGAAGAGGAAACAACUACAACUGAACAUGAAAAUGGCAGCAGAGAACAAUGUGAGUGCAGCGAACGCCAAGAAGAGACCGCGAAAGGGCUCUCGCUACGAGGAAGAUUAUGAUACGUUUAUUGACAAUCUGAUGGCUCAGCUCCGGCUACUGCAGCCAAUGCAAAUUCAAGAACCGUCCCUAACUACUAACUUUGCAGUCUGCCCACUUUUCGGGUCCGGAGACUUGACAAAAUUAAAGAACAAGGACUACGAUAUUAUGAAGGGUGAUCUGGUUGGAGAAUUCGGCAACGCAAAGAUUCCGAAUGUCGCUGAUUACUACAACACGAAGCCUUUUGGCGACGACGAGCCACUGCCGGAGAAACCGCAAGCGUCUACUCAAAGAGGCUUCUACGAUCAAGAAUUCCAGCCGAUCGUGUUUGAUGAAGAUCCAGAAGAUAAGAAAUUGGACUUCAUUUGUAAGGAGCGAGACACGGAUACUCCAGAUAGCAUAGUGAGCUGUUCGAGUCCCGAGUGCCUUGAUAUUGAACCAGCGAACCGCUUCCCUGGUCUAAAACUCAUUGAUGACGACGAAGAAGAUGAAGACAGUGAUUCCGCAAUGUCCGGUAAAGUGUCCCCGAUCAUACCUCUCAUCGCGCCUGUUCCCAUCAGAGUCAAACCAGUCUCACUGUUCCAUUUGAAGGACGAAGAUGGCUCGACGGCGCUGAAGUGCCUCGACUCAGACUCGCCCAUGAAGACUGUCGACUCGCCAGGCAGCACAGAGAGCAACGAAAACGUAACAGUAACACUAACAUUAACAUCCGGUGCCGCUGAAGAUAUACUAGGCGUAUUGAAAGAACUUGCGGGGAUCUUACACAUACCACCGCCAACUUCCUACCAAAUCGUAGAAAGAACAGCUACGCCACCAUCCCACAAAUUGGGGCUGUACAGGUCAAAAGGCAAAGAUGGGAAGGAGGGCACGCCUAUUGACAUUCAAAGCAUACUCAACGGAGCGGCUAAGUUUUGCCGUCACUGUGAUGUAGUAAUAUUAGAUUCGGUCGUCAGAGCAAAGGCGUCCGAAUUCCCAUUGCUAUCAGCAAACAAAGGCAACGCCGAAGACAUCCUGUGCGAUAGCGAUUCAGAAUUAUACUUCUGUAGCACGCAAUGCUACGAACGAUUCGCUUGGCGGCCCACAAACAUCAUUCUAGACGGAAAGUCGAAAGCGCCCGUAAAAGAGGACGUCAAGUCUGACAACGAGACGAACCUAUCUAAAGACCGUGAUGACUUCGACACGGCGUCCACAGAGAGCAUGGAAACGGACGAUUUAGACAUCAAACCGGACAUCAAGGACGAAAAAAUGGACCUGUCCUUCAUAGACUCACUGGACAAUGACGAGCUGAUGAAAGAAGUCGGCGAGGACGUCGGAUUAGGCGGCUUAGAUGAAGACCUCAAGAACGAAUCAGACGAAAAGAGCAACCAGAGCGUAGAGAAGGAAAAAUACAGAGGCAUUCGCUACAAAGCGUGGUCGCCGGGGUGCAUCGGACCGCCCGUAAAGUACAAACGGCCCACGGACCGGGAGCUCACCGAACUUGUAUUCAGAACUGGGGUCGCUAUAAUGCCGGUGACUACGGAGGAUUCUCGACGUUGCGAGCUAUGCGGGAUCCAGGGCGACGGAGUGGCGGAUGGUGUUUCAAGGCUACUGAAUUGUGACGUGGAUCGAUGGGUGCACCUGAACUGUGCGCUGUGGUCUGAGGGAGUGUACGAGACGGUGAGCGGCGCGCUGAUGAACGUGGAGACUGCGCUAGCGGCCGGCUCUAACGCCACGUGCGCUGUGUGCCGCCGCCUCGGCGCCACCGUGCGCUGCUUCAAGGUGCGGUGCGGCAGUGUGUACCACCUCGGCUGCGCCGUCAAAGACAACUGUGUCUUCUACAAGAACAAGACUGCUUUCUGCGCAUCACACGCACCCAAGAGCGAAAAAGAUAACGAGCUGACAACCCUAAGCGUGCAACGUCGUGUAUACGUGUCGCGCGACGAGCAGCGACAAGUCGCGUCUGUCAUGCUGCACUCGGACACCAACCACCUCAUCCGAGUGGGAGGCCUCAUCUUCCUGAGCCCCGGGCACCUGCUGCCGCACCAGCUGGCCGCCUUCCACACGCCCAACUAUAUCUACCCUAUCGGAUAUAAGAUCGUGAGAUUCUACUGGUCGAUGACGCGCGCCAACGCGCGCUGCCGCUACGUGUGCUGGAUCUCGGAGGAGGCGGGCCGGCCGCGCUUCCACGUGCGCCUGCAGUCCGAGUCCGAGCAGGACAUGAGCGCGCCCACGCCGCGCGCCGCCUGGGCCAAGGUGUUAGACGCAGUGGCAGCGUUGCGCGAGGCCCGCGGCGAGCCCGGCGUGCUGAAGCUGUGGCCCAACUACGUGACCGGCGAGGACCUGUUCGGGCUGACAGAGCCGGCCGUCGUGCGAGUGCUCGAGAGCCUACCUGGCAUAGAAACGCUGACGGACUACCGGUUCAAGUUCGGUCGGUCGGCGCUGCUGGAGGGCGGGCUGGCGGUGAACCCGUCGGGCUGCGCGCGCGCGGAGGCGCGCUGCCGCGCGUCGUGGCGCCGCGUGCCGGCCGCGCGCGCCGCCGCCGCGCCGCCGCCGCAGCUCGCCGCCGCCGACGGGCCCGCCUGCCCCUACAGCAAGCAGUUCGUGCACACCAAGAGCAGCCAGUACAAGAAGAUGAAGUCCGAGUGGCGGAACAACGUCUACCUCGCCAGGUCGAAGAUCCAGGGGCUGGGUCUGUACGCGGCUAGAGACAUCGAGAAGCACACGAUGGUGAUCGAAUACAUCGGCGAGAUCAUCCGCUCCGAGCUGUCCGAGAUCCGAGAGAAACAAUAUGAAGCGAAGAACCGCGGCAUCUACAUGUUCCGUCUGGACGAGCGGCGCGUGGUGGACGCCACGCUGUCGGGCGGGCUGGCGCGCUACAUCAACCACUCGUGCCAGCCCAACUGCGUGGCCGAGGCCGUCGAGGUGGACCGCCAUCUGCGCAUCAUCAUCUUCGCCAAGCGCCGCAUCGCGCGCGGGGAGGAGCUGGCGUACGACUACAAGUUCGACAUCGAAGACGACGCGCACAAGAUCAUGUGCAUGUGCGGCGCCCCCAACUGCCGCAAGUGGAUGAACUGAACGCCAACAGGACAGUACCGAGUACCGGAUACCGGACACCACUCGCAGUAGAUAGCUAGUGAGCGAACCUCUAUCCUUGUCGUAUUGGUUUCCUUUUAGUGUAAAAAGGCUAUGAAACCUAGUUUUUACCAAAGUGAUUUUAGUACCCCUAGUGUUAAGUGUAAAAAGUCUUAGGUAACCGAUUUCACUUUCACGAGCUGGCAAGUGUGAUUUAGCCGUAAGAAUAAUGAUUUACAGAUAAUCUAUAGUUUAUUAUAAUUUUAUAUGUGGACGUCGCGACGUUUGAACACUUUUUGUACAUAAUAUUAAAUCGGUAUAUGAAACGUUGUUAUUGAAUUUUGAUGUUUUAAAAGUGACAUUUCGUAGCGUACUGAUUGGAGUAUUUUUUUUUUAAUUUAAUAUUUUGAUGUGUUCUAUGAACGUUCGGUGUGGCCGCUGUUUUCUAUUGACAUUUUAUUGGUUUUAAUUUAAAUAUAUUUUUUCACGGAUGACUUUCUAAAUUGUUGUUGAAUCUUAUACAAAUAAAAUAAUGAAUCGAUAUUGAAUAGUAGAAUAGUUUUGAUAAUCUCACAGCGAUGAAGUACUUUAGGUAACCAAAUAGAAGAAUAUGCAUUUAGUACACUAGGCACGAGUAUAUUUUAUGAAGUAUCAUUACAUAUGCCUUGUGGUGCCUGUUUUGUACGUCGUAGUACGUUAACGUUACGGUAGGUUACGCGACACCACAGCACGCCUUGGUCCGCCCGACCCAACCUACAUAUACUAACUAGUGUAUACGUAUUUAUGUAGCGUAGCGCUCGCGCGACUAUUCUUACACUCUUACUAUAGGUAGGGAGUGAACGAUACCGGUCAACGUAGUCACUUAAAAAUACACUUUUACAAACAUUUUAUUUAAUCAUCUUAACAGUCUUAGAACUAUGAACUAAAACUAUUUAUUUUAAGUCUCAGAUCAUAUUUUUAUCACACGAUAGACUGCACUUUGAUAAGACAUAGUUAAUGAAUUUUCCGCGAGCUGUAGGUAGUGUAAUUUAUAAUAUAGGUUAUUUUUCCAAAUGUGAUAUUACCUCACACGGCGUCACAUGUUCAUUUUGUAGUGGCGACUUAGAUCUAGUAUUAGCUAGGUAUCGCGUAGGAACUGUGAAGUUGUCCGAGCUGAACUGCGACGCGACGCGUUACGGAUAUAUCAAAGCCGGCUGUGACUGUCACUUGUCCUAUGUUAGAUCAGUUUGCGUAUGUGUAGAGGUCGCAUCGCGUUGCGUCAUUCACCUGGGACAACGGUAUUUCUCCUCGGUAAACAAAGUGAUAUUGAUAUGAUAUAUUAUCGGCAAUAGAGUGACGCCCGGCUCGGGCUGAAUUCUGUCAAUAAUAUCUUAGUUCGAGUUUAUAGAAAUUUAUUUGAACACGAAGUUGCCAUCUACCAAUGUUAUGAAAUCAUGCAAUCUAAUUUUAAGUGUUAAAUGUGCAAUACCGUAUCUUGAAUACAGAUUGUAAAUAAUCCGCUGGUAGUAUCUUACUUAUAUUGUAAUCGCGAAAUAGUUUUUUAAAAGUUGUACUACAAUAAUCGUUUCAAUUAUUAUGUUCUCAUUGCUUUUCUAUGGACUUAUUUAUUUAAAGCAUUCCCAAAAUAUUGCACUGAUUUAAAAGUAGAUCCAAUCUAUUGUUUCAGAGUUAUGUAUGACAAUGUUUGUAAAUUGAAUACUGUAGAAAUAUUUCUAUACAAUAAUAUUUUUAUUGCAUUAUUUUCCUAUCAUUAAACCUUAAUUAGUAAA